CUCCCUUAUUUUUUCUCUCACUGGACUCUGGCUUCCGGACGCCGAGACACAGCGCUGCCGCCGAAUUUAAAGAGACAGGCGAUAGUUAUUUUAAACGCGAUAAACGGUAACCAUUGUCCCUCGGCUUUUUUCCCCCACCUCAGAUGCAUCUUGACUCCGCUCCUUCAAUUCGACGAUGUUUCGCUAAAGUCUAAUCGGGUAGCAGUCUGUCUGUCAUCUUCCUCCACUCGGCUGGAUUUUCUGUCCGUUAGCGCCGUGCUGAGCGAGACUGCCCGAGCCAGGCAAAGUAGGACUGCUUUGCUCGCUGGCUCAUUGGUGGCAGGCUGGCUCCCCGACCGAGAGGACGCUUUGUCGGCUAGCCAACCCGCCGAAGCGACACCGGAGAUUCCCUUGCAAGUUGGGCUCCCACAGCCUCCCUUCGCCGGGCUCAUGGCGAAGAUCCAAGCGCACAGCACGGCGAAACAAAUCAACCAAAUUCAAGACAAGCCUUUCGUUAUAACACAAAAGCAAGUGCAGCAGCAGCACUUCCAGAAGCUCAAGGUUGAAGAUGCCUUGUCGUACCUGGACCAGGUUAAAAUACGUUUUGCUAACGACCCUGGCAUAUACAACAAGUUUCUCGACAUCAUGAAAGAGUUCAAGUCUCAGAGCAUUGAUACUCCAGGAGUAAUAAACCGAGUGUCACAACUUUUCCAUGGACACCCUGACUUAGUAUUGGGCUUCAAUGCUUUCCUCCCACCCGGGUAUCGGAUAGAGGUCCCAAAGAAUGGAAUUGCCUUCCUUCAAUCACCUUUCUCCACACAGGUGUCACCCGGCCAACAAGGGAAGAUUAUCACCACCUCCGCUGUGACAUCAACCUCGGGUGCUACGUGCGCCACCACCUCUGAAGCCGGACCUGCACACACCGGUGACGUGAAGCCGGCCUCAGGAGAGUCCCUAUCUUCCUCAACUUCUUCAGCCGGGGCCAUGGAAAAUCCCAGCAGACUGUCCCUUCCCUUGGCAAGCAGAGAGAGUCAGAAUCAGACUGCCAGCUCGUCGGUGUCCCCGCCUGCCUCGGAGACCAGCCCGGUCGAGUUCGAUAGUGCCAUCAGCUACGUAAACAAGAUUAAAAAUCGCUUUCUGGACCACCCAGAGAUUUACAGAGCCUUCCUAGAGAUUCUUCACACUUAUCAGAAGGAGCAGCUGGAGGUGAAGGAGAGCCGGGGCAAUCGAGGUACCAGCGGGAUGACUGAGGAUGAGGUCUUUUCCAAAGUUGCCAGCCUUUUUAAGGGACAAGAGGACCUGCUGGCCGAGUUUGGUCAAUUCCUGCCGGACGCCAAGAGAUCGCUGUUCACCGGGAACUCACUGACGGGAGCAAAAGAGCAGCUGAAAAGACCAGAGGAUGACGACCUGAUAACCAAACAGAACAAAAAGAGGCCCCGACCUAUUCUCCUGCCGCACAUGUCUCCACUACUCAAGAAAAAAAUGAAGUAUUCCUGUACCAAAGACCAGUCCAUUGCUUCGGUUGGCAAGCAUGGAGUCUUGCGAGAGUUUUCCUUCUUUGAUAAGGUUCGCCGCCUGUUUAAAAGCCAGGAAGUGUAUGAGAACUUCCUGCGCUGCAUUGCCUUGUUCAACCAGGAGGUGGUAUCAGGAGCUGAGCUACUCCAGCUGGUCACUCCUUUCCUGGGGAAGUUUCCUGAAGUGUACACACAGUUCAAAUCCUUCUUGGGAGACAAAGAGCUCUCUCAUGCCAUGUCGGGGCUGUCAGAUCGCUACAUGGAGGGAGGAGGAGGCAGGGAGGUGGAUUAUGCCUCUUGCAAACGCCUGGGCUCCAGCUACAGAGCGCUACCCAAGACCUACCAGCAGCCUAAAUGCAGUGGGCGCACCGCCUUAUGUAAAGAGGUGUUAAAUGACACCUGGGUGUCAUUCCCCUCCUGGUCAGAGGACUCCACCUUCGUCAGCUCCAAAAAGACUCCUUAUGAGGAGCAGCUGCACCGCUGUGAGGAUGAACGAUUUGAGUUGGAUGUGGUUCUGGAAACCAACCUAGCCACCAUUAGAGUGCUCGAGAGCGUCCAGAAGAAGCUGUUGCGCCUCUCGCCCGAGGACCAGGAUCGCUUCCGUCUAGAUGACUGCCUAGGCGGCACCUCCGAGGUCAUCCAGCGCCGCGCCGUGUAUCGAAUUUAUGGUGACAAAGCCCCUGAGAUCAUCGAGGGGCUUAAACGAAGCCCGGCCACGGCAGUGCCUGUGGUGCUCAAAAGGUUGAAAGCCAAGGAAGAGGAAUGGAGAGAGGCCCAGCAGGGUUUUAACAAGAUCUGGAGGGAGCAGUAUGAGAAGGCCUACCUCAAGUCCCUGGACCACCAAGGAGUCAACUUCAAACAGAAUGACAUGAAGGCUCUGCGCUCAAAGAGUCUCCUCAAUGAGAUUGAAAGUGUCUACGAUGAGCGACAGGAGCAGAGCACAGAAGAGGGAGGCGUAGGCCAGCAGGCUCGCAACGGCUCCAGUGCGCCGUCGGCCAGCGAGCCUCACAUGGUGUUUACGUAUGAGGACAAACAGGUCCUGGAGGACGCCGCCGCACUCAUCAUCUACCACGUCAAACGCCAGCCCACUAUUCACAAAGACGACAAGGACCACAUUAAGCGCAUCAUCCAGCACUUCGUCCCUGACUUGUUCUUCUCGCGCCGCGGUGAGCUCAGCGACACGGAAGACUGGACUGACGAGGAAGCGGAUCCUGAGGACGGAGGAGAACGAGGAUCGAGCGGGGCAGCGUCAGCAAUGACGGCAACUGCAGCAGCACCACAACCACCACCACCAACAACAAAUGCUAACACUUCUGAUGCAGCCGGAGCAGCAGCAAACGGUAGUCAGUCUCAAGCUCAACCAGCCCAAGGUCAAGCCCCUGCCCAAAACCAGCAGCAACUAAACAAUGAAUCCAGAAGAAGGCGCUGCAGCCCGUCCCAACCACCCGACACAGAGGCUUGCGGCACUCCUGGCAGCAGCAGUCAAACGUUGACCACCACCACAUCUAUCCCUGGAUCCACACCCACGGAGGUCAGUUCGGGCGCCACUGCUGAGAAGGUGGACCUGCGUGACCCCGAAGCAGAGCACCUGAAGGAUCUGGACGACGUCUACAACCUGUUCUUCGUCAACAACAACUGGUACUUCUUCCUGCGGCUGCACCAGACUCUGUGCUCGCGCUUGCUGCGGGUGUAUCGGCAGGCCGAGCGGCAGCUGCUGGAGCAUCGCGCCGAGCAGAGCAAGGAGCGGCUGCUCGUGGCCGAAGGGAGGCGGGAAAAGGCAUGCGACCUUGCCAUGGAGCUGCGUCUCAAACAGCCAAGUGAGGUGGAGUUAGAAGAGUACUAUCCGGCCUUCUUGGACAUGGUUCGCAGCCUGCUGGACGGCAACCUUGACUCGACUCAGUACGAGGACACACUGCGGGAGAUGUUCACCAUUCACGCCUACAUCGGCUUUACCAUCGACAAGGUCAUCCACAACAUCAUCCGACAGCUCCAGCACCUGGUGAGCGACGAGGUGUGUCUGCAAGUGGUCGAUCUGUAUCUGGCUGAGAGGAAGAGGGGCGCUGCCGGGGGAAACCUGUCUUCCCAGUGCGUGCGAGCCGCCUGGGAGACAAGCUACCAGUGGAAGGCUGAGAGAGCCAUGGCUGAGGAGAACUGUUUCAAGGUGAUGUUUAUUCAAAACAAGGGUCACGUGACAAUGACCAUUGAGUUGCAGGACACUGAGGAGGCCCAGACUGAUGACCCCUUGGACAUUCAAUGCUUGUCGAGCUACAUGGAGCAGUUUGUUGGAACUGAGUCUAGUCUGUGUUCACAAGCAGACGGCUACUUUUUCAAACCCGUCUUUCUUCCACGGAACCUUCGCCGUUUCCGGCGUUGGCAAGUACGUCAGGUGGAGGCGAUGCGCUGCAGGCGAGAGUGGCACCGGCAACUCGGCGUGGAAAACGCUGGCAGCCUGGACUGUCGCUUCAAGCUCAACACUCACAAGAUGGUGUUUGUCAUGAACUCUGAAGACUACAUGUACCGCAGAGGAGCGCUGGUCAAGGCCAGGAAGUCUCAGCACAGAGUGGCGGCGAGCCAGCACGAGCGCUUGGCCAAGUGGCACCAGGGCUGGCGGGCCGAGCACGUGACAGCCUUGGCCGAGCGCGGUGUGCACAAGUGGCUCAUGGGAGAGGACGAGGAGGACAUGAUCCCCUGCAAGACCACCUGCCUGUCCACGGAGCUCAAGGGGCAGGCGGUCAACAGAUACCGUGUUCAUUACAGCGGAUGCAAAGCCCCCGCCUCGCCUUAAGAGGACACUCUCGCGCGGGUGUGCGCGCACAUACACAGAGGUUACAUGCAUGGACAUCAUUACAUUAAAUAAACAUUUGCAGUACUUGUGUACCGUCACCCACGUGCUCACUCCCUCGUGCAGAGUGAGCAUGUUGGGAGAAAAAGGUCAUAAACUAGUGUGGACCCACGGGGCCAUGAGAACCACCCCAACCUUCCCAAAAACCCUUUCACUCAGCAUCAGCAGUAUCAUCUGGCACUAAGUCAACAAGACUUGACCACAUAAUGGAAAAGUUUCAGAAAUGUGAAUGUCUGUUUCAUUUUUCUUUUCUUUUUUUAAGUCUUGUGUAGUUUUAGCUUGUAUAGCCAGAUAGCCUUCUGCUUGUUGGUGGAUUAAAUGCGCGUUUCUACAAAGGAUAUCAUGGUAUAUACACGUGUAUGUAUGUAUGUUUGUGUAUCCUGUAAUUCAUUAUGACAAGUAUGUGCAUAUGUAUUUUUUCUAUAUACAGUAUGCAUUAACACCAUUUGAAUAUCAUGUGGUUCUUUACAGUGUUUGCUGUUGGCCAACUCUUGAUGUUUGCAUUAACCCCUGUGCCCCCUUCCUUUUUUUUUUUUUUGGUAUCGUACCUAAGCACAUUAUCGGCAACAAGGAGUCCUGCAAGUUGAUUGAUUUCAUACUGAAGAAAUUAUGUAUCAUAAUCUUGAUUCCACUGAAUGUUUUCUUUAUGUUGUCUGAUCCCCCUUUUUUUGUUUUGCAUACUGACAUUGAAAAUAAAAAGCAAAAAUCUCAGUGUUAAAAUAGAAUGUAUAACAUUUAUCCUGUAUCAGUUAUCAUAAAAUAAACAACCUAGUUGUGACCCUA